CGCGCGCCGCGCCUCGCGCACGCGCCCGACUAUCGAGCGGCAUGUGCCUCUCGCAGCCGGUCGACCGCUCCGCCCGACCGAUUCACACUUUUUUAUUUUCCCACCGAACGUAACCACCGCUGUGACAUCCCCAUUUUCACAAUAAGCCCGCUCGAAACGUGAACGCGACCACAACCCGCGCCCGGCGGGCCUCAUCGCCAUCUCCGCUGUUACGAGCCGUGCCCGUCGAUACCAAAAUGGCAGGACGAAGGGUCCAGGGCCGCGCGCGAGUCCGCCUCUGACCGAGCGGUGUUGUUCCCAGCAGUGUCUCGUUAUAUAAAUGUUACGCAAGUUGAUCUCGGAGUGGCCACGACGAGGUGCAUCUGUUGUUCCACGAACUAAGUCCCGUGCUGUGUCCUGGAGCCCAUGUAACCCGCCACACCACACGACUGCACUAAAAUGAGUGGGUACGGCACAAGUAUGUCGGGUAGCGGUGACACAGAUGCGCUGGCGCGGCGGCUGCGGGACGCGGAGCGGGCGCGCGCAGACGCUGAGCGAGCGCACGCGGACGCACUGGCCCAGCUCCGCGCCGCACAACGAUCGCCCAUAGACCAGCACAACGUCGAACAACUACAGUCUAGAGCCAGGGAACUUGAGAAAAAGGCUGCCCUAGAGACAGUCCGGUGCGAAGAGCUUCAGCUAGAACUGUCGGCAGCAUUGCGCGCGCGUGGCCAGGGUGGCGUCACCACGUGGUCCAACCAGUCGGCACAACCUGCCUCUGAGAUCGAGAGGAUCAUGGCCAAGAUCGAGCAGGACAACCGCAUCCUUGCUGAAUUAGAACACACGAGGUCGACCACUCAUGGUAUCCAAUCGAGUGGAUCGAACCAGGCGUUAGGGGAGUACCACUCCCCGACUCCAUCACCACUGCCUCACUCGUACGGCAGCACGGCAGGCCACGCCGCUAUUUGCCAGAGCAGCACCAUGCCCACGCUGUCCUCGCUCCACGCCACCGGACAGUUCACGGCCCCCAGCUCCAACUCCGUCGCAUACUCCAUGAGCGCGCACAACCCGACCUCGUACUCGAACCCCGUGUCCGCCUACUCCAAUACUUACGGCCUCCCCAACACCCACCAAGUCACGUUCACCAACCCCGUCACAGCACCACUCGUCAACAAUAUCGGUCAAAUCUCAAGCACACUAGCUGGACUACAGAGUAACUUACAAAACUUAACUGGUAAUGUGACAUCCCUCAACCUGGGCACCGGCAUCGCUCCCGGCAUGACGGGGACUAUAUCCGGCUCAGGCUUAACUAGCUGCUUGAACAAUGCGCAAACCAAUCUAUCAGGCGGACUGACGAGUACGUUGGGUGGACUGCCGUCGACAUUAACUAGUGGGUUAGGAAAUGCUCUCUCGAACUUGACCGGAACGCAACUUGGAGGGCUUAAUACAAGUUUAGGGGCUACGAGCGCUUACGGAACUGGGACAGGGACGUAUACAAAUCCCCUCCUCUCCGGCGGUCUCGGAACAAAUCCUAUGAAUAUAAAACUUAAACCUCUAGAUGAUAUAGACCUCGGUAUCAGUAGAUAUGCGAACACGGCGGGAGUGGGGCGGGUGGCCACGCCGGUCACGCCUCACCAACCCACCUGGAAUUUAGGUUUAGAUAGCCAAUUUGCAACUGAUAGACUAGGCUUAGACUCCGGAUUCAGCCACGAUCGGAACCAACGAGCUAUCGCACGGAUUAUGCCUAACACCGGCAUGGAUUUGGAAGUUCGCAAUUCAUCACACUAUAUGAAUGGCGCCACAGAGACAGUUGACAUGUUGGAUAUACCGGGGAAGGGUCGCUGUUGUGUGUACAUCGCUCGUUUCUCUUACGAUCCUCCUGAGAUUGAGAGUGCAGAAGGUGAAUUGUCGAUAAGUGCUGGGGACUAUUUACUAGUAUGGGGCCCCCCAGACCCGAAUGCAUCGAUGCUUGACGCCGAAUUAUUGGAUGGACGCCGUGGCUUGGUACCCGCCAACUUCGUCCAAAGGUUGAUUGGAGAUGACCUGUUAGAAUUCCAUCAGGCGAUUGUGUCGACAUUGAGAGAUGUUGAUGAAGCAACUACGGCGAUAAGCGAACUGUCUAUCAGUCGCGAUGUCGCUCGUUUAAGCGAAGUUGCAGAGUUAAGCGAUGGAGCAGAAGACGAUGAUAAUGCCGAGCUGUUUUUCUCGUCGCUAGUGCCGGCUCCGAGGCAGCUCACACUGGAGAGGCAGCUCAACAAGUCCGUGCUCAUCGGCUGGACUGCUCCUGAAGGAGUGCAGCAAGCCAACAUCGAGAGCUACCACGUGUACGUCGAUGGAGUCCUCAAGACGACUGUCAAGGCCUCAGAACGCACACGAGCGCUCGUGGAAGGAGUAGACUCAAAUCGGCCGCAUCGCAUCAGCGUGCGGUCGGUGACAGUAUCACGACGCACAUCAAGAGACGCAGCUUGCACAAUGGUGAUCGGUAGAGACACAGCCAACAUGGGCCCAACUUGUGUCAGGGCCAGUGGAGUGACCUGCUCCCAGGCGGUGAUCUCGUGGCUACCGGCUAACUCAAACCACCAGCACGUCGUCUGUGUUAAUAAUGUUGAAGUUCGAACAGUGAAACCAGGGGUGUACCGUCAUACUAUCACAGGUUUAUCACCAAGCACACAGUAUCGGGUAACCGUAAGGGCUAAGCAUUUAAGAGCUGGUCCACCACAGUCUGGGAUUCCGAUUGAAGAGGCUCCGGGAGCUUACACAGACUUCAGAACUCUGCCUAAGGGACUGCCGGACCCACCAAAUGAAAUUAUGGUGGAAGCGGGACCUCAGGACGGGACCCUGCUGGUGACUUGGCAGCCGGUCCUGCGCCCGCCCGCCUCGGGCCCCGUCACUGGGUACGCUGUGUACGCCGAUGGCAAGAAGGUGACCGACGUGGAUUCUCCAACCGGUGACCACGCUCUCAUCGACAUUGGCAAACUGAUCGGCCUCAAUCCUAAAUGUGUCACCGUACGUACAAAGUCUCGAGACAGUCAGUCUAGUGACAGUGCACCGACGCCGAUACCCCCCGCGGUCCUGCGCGGUGUAGCGACGCGCAUGCCGCGCGGGCCAGGGCCGGGGCCCAACCAGCCGGGCCCCGUAGGGUACCGGGGCGGCCCCGUGCAGCGCCCCCAGCCCUACCAGCACCACCAGCAAGUUAUCGAGCACGAUGAGAAUCUCUCCGAUAAGGAGAUAUUCCCAUCUGCUAACCGCCACGACCCACACGCAGCUCAGCCUACGAGUGGAUUCGGCACAGGCCUCCUAAAGAGUAUAUUCGACAAAAUAACCCCUUCGCAAUCGGGGAUACCGGCCAUCGAAAUCACUAAAGAGAGCACGACGGAGCCUGGUAGCGAGGACGAGGAGGCGACGCGCCGCCGCCCGCAGCAGCAACCGUCCCAACCAACGCAAGCGUCGCAGCAGCAAUCGGGUCAGCCGUACCCGAGUACACAAGCCUACCAUGGCACGCAGCAACCCCAAUAUCCACCAGCCGGCCAGUUCCAAAGUAACCCGGCGUACCCCGGGGCGGGCGGGGGCCCCGGCGCGCCGCAGCAGUACCAGAACCCUCCUCCCCGCAACCACCACGAGCGAGGCCGCCCUCCUAAUCCUCACCAGCAACAACAACAGCAGCAACAACAACAACAACAGCAGCAGCAGCAACAGAACCAGCAAGGCAGCGGCAUGCAGUACACAGCGCGCGGGGGCCCGCCGCCGGGGCCCCGCGGGCCCCAGCCGGGCGCCAGGCAUGCGCAAGCCCAUCCUCAGUCGAAGAGAAGCCGCUACUUCAUCGCCCUAUUUGACUACGACCCAACCACCAUGAGCCCGAACCCUGAAAGCUGUGACGAAGAACUACCCUUCAGUGAAGGAGAUACUAUAAAGGUUUGGGGUGACAAAGACGGCGACGGUUUUUACUGGGGCGAGUGUAGAGGUCGCCGUGGCUACGUGCCUCACAACAUGGUGAUGGAAGUGUCGGAACAAGAGGUCACUGGCCAGCCUCCCAAGCGAGACCGCUGGGCCGACGCCUAUGCCAACCAGCCAGUAAGACGCAUGGUCGCACUCUACGACUACGACCCUCAGGAACUCAGUCCCAAUGUGGAUGCAGAUAAACUUUUCCAGGCUGAGCUGAGCUUCCAAACGGGUCAAAUCAUCCACGUGUACGGAGACAUGGAUGACGAUGGGUUCUACAUGGCUGAAAUUGACGGCGUUCGUGGUCUUGUUCCGAGCAACUUCCUCGCCGAUGCAAACGACCAGUACGGGGCACCUGGUCAGGGCAAUCAAGGGGUCGCGGGCAUGUCGUCGGGCGCGAAUGCAGGGCGCGGGGCGGGGCGGGGGCGCGGCGCCGGUCCUGGGGCGCGCGGGCCCCCGCCCCCGCCGCGCGAGAACGUGGCGCACCACGGGGCGCACGGGGCCCACGGGGCGCACGGGGCGCAGGCCGCGCCGCGCAACCAGCACCGCCGCGCAGAUGCCUGCCCUCCUUCCUCUAUGUUAGACCACAACACAUGCGCCAGUAAUCCAGAACAGGCGAAUUCUCAGCAUGAUACACAGAGUGACUUAGGUAUUGAUGCGAGGGCGAGAGGCGCGGCGAGCGGGCCGGCGCCGAACACGAUCGCGCGCACGAGCGCUGGUAACACCGGCACUCCGCCCGUGCAGUCGCCCGCCGCGCCCCCGCCCGGCGCCGCACCCGGGGGGCCAGGGUCGCUGGGGGCGCUGGGCGCUCCGACCCCCGCCUCGCCGGCGCGGCGCGCAGGCCCCGCCGUGGUGCCGGCGCCCAACGUGCAGGUUCCCGCGACGUCGACCCCGGCCACGCAGCCCAACCUCAUGCAGAAGUUCUCCGAAAUGACGGCGCCGGGAGGGGACAUCCUCAGCAAAGGCAAAGAACUAAUUUUCAUGAAAUUUGGGCUGGGGGGGAAAUAGUAGCGGUGGCCCCUACGGACUGGCUCAUGUGCUUAGUUACUGUCGUGGCCGUGCUGUGGGGGGCCCUGACGCUGGGCACGAUGUUGCCAGGGCUUCUCUCCACUCUGUUCAGAGUGCCGCUGCGCUGGUACUUGCCUGACGCAAUUAGGAGAUGUUGUACAUAGUAAAUUUCAAUAAACGCACAGUCUAGUGAAUAUUCCGAGUAUUAGUGCUGUCUCAAUAGCAUCCUCGGCUGGAGUCCGCGGGCUCCCGGCUAGUCGUGUACCCGAUGCUUUCUAUAUCUUGGGCUCACGUCCAUCUGUUAGGUUAGAUUAUGAUAUCGAGUGAAUUGUUUACACAUUAUCGGAUCUGCAUUAUUUACUAUGUGUAGGAACAGUUGUAAUGUUAUUAUAUACUAGUUAUUACUACACGAUCCUUAUGGCAUAGAAUUGUUGUGAUUUUCUACGUUACGUUUUUGAUCGCUAGCUGUGACUUACCUGAAUGUAUCCUAAAUGAGUAGUUGAAACUUAAAUGUUUAUUUCACCAUGUUUCAAUGUAAGAACUAUUACUGUUAAUGUUAUCAAUACAAAUAUUUAUUAGAUAAUUUCAAUACUUCGAGCAAUAUUGCAGGCAACGUGAUGCUGCUGCGACCGUCCCAUUGACCAAAAUUUGAAUCAAUACUAACUGUUAAUGAAUUUCUAAGAAGGAACCUUUAACUGUCCCAUGAACUCCAUUUGUGAUCAAUAUAUUACAUAGUACAAUUAUAGAUCGGCCUCCGCCGUCGAAGACGUCAUUAAGUCAUCUAUAUAAGUAAGUCGUUCCCCUGUGUAAAAAUGACAUUAUUGAAUAAAGUUAUUUGUAUAUCUAAAUCCUGUUCACUAAGUUAAAUAACUUGUAUUACAUACUAUACGAAUACGACAGUCUAUAUGUAAAUCUUGGGAAGAUGUAAGUAUAGGUCAAUAGGUGCCUACUGAGAUUUGCCGACGCCCGAUCGUAAUGUCAAACUGCUGCAACUCAAUAUACUUACAUGAUAAUAUAUUUUGAAUAAGAAUUGUGUAAGCGCAUUAACUUUAUAUGCUGAUUCUUUGAUUAUUCUCGAAAUAAUAAUAUUCUGUGAUAGUAGACGUGAUACCAUCUUUAUCAUUCUUAAAUAUAAUACCUACUUAACAGUACUGCGUCAUUCGUCACUUGUAACAACUUAUUGCUAAACUUAAGUAUCUGAAGAUGUCUAAAUACUUGUUUCAUAUGCGUAUAGAUGUACAUUCUGUUAACGAAGCAUUCCUUGCCAGCUUUUUCAUGGACGAGCUAAGACUUUUAACAAAGUAUAAUAUAAUAUAAUAUAUAUAUUAUGAAUUAAUUAAAACGUUGUUAAAACAUGGUUCGUUUCGAAACGAGUUCAGUUUCCCAGUCGACCUCCGCUUAAUUCAUUUAAGAAAAUAUCAUACAAUUUUGAUAUGGAGUUUUUAAUAAAAAAAACAUCAUAGAAUGUGUAAUUCUUAUCGUAAUCUGUUGGCGUGGGAAGCGACAUGUAACAUAAAGAAGGUUACUGUCAUUUCCAUCCGACAAAAGACUGCUUGCAUGAAAUAUUAUUACUUUUAGAAAAUAUAUAGAAUUCGUUAAAAUAAUAAUAUACUUCAUUGCGACACAAACGUGUUAGAUAAACCAAAUAUUAUUGAGACGGUGAACGUUUCACACUUUUGAUUAAUAAAUAAAUAAAUAUAUAAAUUUAUGAAUGAAAACAUUCGACCUGACCCAUGUAUGGUCCCUGCAUAGCGACGUUGGAUGAAAUAAUUUAUAAAUGUUCUCAAGUUGUUGUUGUACAUAUUGGUCGGUAAGGUCGCUUGGACUAGCCUAUACUUGGAGAUUGCUCACUUCGUACAAGGGAUUCUCUUUAAGUCCUUUAUAUUGCUUCGUAUCUAUCCAAACAAAGUUCUCGCUCUCGUAUAUUUCAACGUUUUCACGUAUAAAUCCAGAAUUAGCUUUCGAUUCCUAGUUAAUCACUCGUAAUAUAUAACCCCACAGUUUAGCCCACUACUAUGUAUGACGUAUGUAUAUAUAUAUAUACCUGGUUGUACAUAAUCAUGCGAGCGCCCGCAUUCCAAUAUUCUAGCUAAGCACUGCUACAUAUCUACAUUAUAUUGUAUGUAUAACCCAUAUUUGAAGUUUUUCUAUCAUUAAUAAAGAUAUUUUAGUGUUGUUUCCGACACGGUUCGAAGUUGUUCACUUGUUUAUAUAUUGUUAUAAAACUGUACUCAUAUCUUUUAUCACAUGUGUAACUAAAUGUAUGGUUAUUUAUACCUAUGAGAUAAUAUAAAUUAUGUAUAUUAAUCGUGCAUUCAUGUGUGCAUAAUUUAAUAUAAAGAGUUGUAUAUUAUGAAUAAUGAAUUAUGGCGAAAUCUCUAACAAUGUACCAAUGAAAUAUGCUGAAAAAUAAAUAAUACGAA